AUGGCCUUCAUGCAUCCCAUGUCCGCGGCUCCCGAAAUGAACAACCCAUGGAAAAACUGGAUCCAAGUAUCUGAUGAUGGCUCCCUCACAUUCAAAAACGUUAAUGACUCAAAUUUUAACUUCCAAUUCUUCAAGUAUGAAGUGAAGCGGCAAGACAAAGAAUUUGUGUAUGAAUUACUUAAGGUCACCCUAACCGCAAAACCGUCAUCCACUGUUCUUUAUGGGGAGACUUUGGCCCUGGACUGCAAUGUGCCAAAACCUCAAGGCAUUGCAGUGCGUAUAACCUGGAGCCCACCCGAGACUGCGGACGACGCACGAAAGUCAAGCGUCUCUGGCCAAAGCAAAAACUCACUGAGAGUUGAAAAUGUGUCAUGCCGUGAUAAAGGAGUUUGGACGUGUUCAAUACACUAUGGUGGACGCACGACUAACGCAACAACCACUGUGCACGUUGUGGACCUCUCCCCACCGCCCUCCGAGCCCAUCUACACCUCCUCCUCCAGCAAGCACCCGCAGCUCCCCUGCUCCCUCUGCUCUGCGGUGAAGUGGCAGGAGCUCCAGAGACUAGGCCUCCGGGGAGGCAACUGGACGCACGUCCCCGCCCCAGACAUGGAGGCCGUCCCCAGGGCAGGUGGUGCCAGUCGUCUGGUGGUGGCCUCCCUCCUCUCCCCUGGGGCCUCCCCACAGUGGCACAUCCCAGCAGGCAGUAAAGUGGACGGCUCUGCCCUGCAAAAGGCCAAGCCAGGAAACGACUUGUCUCUGGUGAAGACGGCGGUGACGGUGAAGGAUAGGGGGACGUACACCUGCGCGCUGGGUUUUGAUAAAGGGGUAACGCUGGAGCGCAGCGUCAAGGUGGAAGUUCUGCAGGUUCUUGCGCUGCCCAACUCCACUGUUUUCGAGGGUAAGCCUCUGAACCUGUCCUGCACGCUGGGCCACGAGCUGGCGGGUGACCUGGAGGUGAAGUGGACCCCUCCGAAGGCCUCCUCCACCUCCUCCUCCUUCCCCUCCCUGCGCUCCUCCCUCCUCUCCAUCCCCUACGCGACGCUGGGCCACAGCGGGACCUGGAGGUGUGAGCUGCGGAGGAAAGACGCGCCGCUGACAAGCCCUGCGCUGACAUAUGCCAGCUUGUCUCUCAAGAUAGAGCGUGUGCCAGUGGAUGUGUGGCUGUGGGUGGGCAUUGCCAGCACUGGUGUCAUCAUCAUCCUCCUCAUCUUCAUCACCAAGUCACUCAUCAAACGCUGCAGACAGAGAAGGCCGCCCAGGCGUAAGACCAGGUUCUGCUGCUGCAACAACCCCAAGCCGCAGAAAGGAUUCUAUAGGACCUGAGGAGAAGAAGAGGAGGAAUGAAUGAAUUAUAGAUUUCUUGACAAGGACAUUUUGAGUGCGUCUUUUUUUUUUAUCAGAUGCACAUAUUUCAUUAACGUUUUCUUGGACUUCAAUUUGCCAUGGACUCAUAAUCUUCAAAGUGCCAGUCAGAUCCCCCAGAUUUCUUUAAUUAAAGCUGCACUGAGUGGUCAGUGGGUUACUUCACUCUAUGUAUAUAAGCCUAUUGUACUGGAGCUAUUGUAGUUAAUCAUUUCUUCCUUCAAUGUAUUGGACUUAAAUGUACAUAUUUCAUGUUUUUAAUUCAUGUACCUUUAUUCUUAUUUGCAUAUGUAUUGCUCUUAAUAAA